CUCUUGACUUCCGCUUAUAAAAAGUAAUCUGCAAAGAAGGAAUUCUUCCCAUUAAUCACAUCUUUCCACGAUUUCAACUUGAUUUAGUGCCAGCACUGCAGCCGUAGAUGGACAGUACAGAAGCAGAACAAGAUAAAUCCUGUUUACCGAAUUCAGGCGCUGAAAGUGAGGAGUUUCAUCAAGACCAUGUGAUAACUUUCCACAAUGACCUCAAGCAUGCUGUAAUCAUUGGAGACUGCGUCCCUUCUGACAAUGCAGAUGGGACAACUGUACAAAACCUUGUCAUAAAACAGGAAUCUUUCCAGUACGAAUUCUGUGUGGAUGAUACUGAUGUACCAGACAUUGUUGCCGCGGAGACGGUAGUCACGACGACACCUCCGCGACCUCGCCAGGCCUUCUCAUUGGAUGAUGUCAUCAAGGGCAGUCCUCUCUGCGUCAAGAUCUUCUCUCCCGAUCACAAGACAGAUAGAGUUUUUCUUGACCAUUUACAAACUUUGGAUGAUGCAAAUGUUUGGUCGCAGUUCUCUGGUGGAAAACUUACCAGCGUUGAAGAAACUAGCGAAAGUGAGCUGAACACGUCCCAAGAGUCAUUCAUUGCGUUGGCGCCGGACAGCAUCCUGGCGUCUGGUACAGAGCCACCCGACUCUGCCAACCAGUUCCUUGGUCACAAACAGAUGCAGCAGGCAUUUGAGGUGAAGCAGGAGGCGCGACGUGUCAAGCAGGAGAGAGAUCGGAUGCAGAAACGGCGCCAGAGGCUCAAUCCAGAUUUCAGAAAUAAAGAAAAGGAGAAAGCCAAGGAACGCAUGAGGAACAAACGCAUGAAUCCUCAGUACCGAGACGUCGAGCGCAAGAAGGAUCGAGUCCGCCGAAGAGUUUCGCGCCACCGAACAGCCAUACAAAAAAUGCAAGAAAAUGGUGCUAUGGAAAACCAAUACCAAAGACUUUUACAGAACAUUGAUGGCAUGAAUGUUGUUGUUGAAGGUGCAAAUAAUCAUACUCGCUUUGCGGAACCCGAAGGAUUUUAUACCCUGUAGGAAGAUUUCAGAAUCUGCCUGGUUACAGGAUGUGAUUUUGGAAGGCAACAUAAGAAAGGGGCUCUCUGAAUCUUCUGCGGGCCAUGAGGUUACUCUUGAAAGUGUUAACAUCAAUGUUAUGGAACCUUUCGUUAUGGGUGCAGGAAAGUUCUCCUGUAAUGACUGUUUGCGAAAUGAUUCCUUAUUUCAGCAGUUGUUCUUAUUUAUCAACAAAGUUGAAACAAUGUCUUUAAAUAUGCAGAGAAAU